GUGGAUUAAAGCCGCCUAUUUCGUUUAUGAUCAUGACCAUGGUGAAAUCAGUCGUAAAGAAGGGACGGAAAAGAUUGACUCACCAAGAGGAUCCGAAAAUUAGGGAUGGUGUUGUUAAACUUAGAGAGAAACUAACAAGCAGACAAAAACAAAGGCUUAAGAAGCGUCUACUAAAAUCCGAUGAACUUGUUGAAAAUAGAACGCCUCAAAAGGUACUUUUUGUUGAUGACCUUCUCUCUAUUAGGUUUUCGAGUCACCUGACAGUCUGCCUGCGACUCAAAGUGGAUUUUUUGAAAAUGAUGGUGACGAACUUAUGGUUGACGAUUUUGGACGUCUAUCGGAUUUGGAAGAUGAAGACAUUAAGACAAACGCGGAUUUUGUAGAACCUGUAGAUGAAAAAGAAGAUAUGAUAACCAACCUCACUUCCGAAGAUGCAGUUGAAAAGUCUGUAAUGGAUUCCAGUACAUUAGACCAACGCAUUCGGAACUGGCUUUAUAUUCUCUCCGAUUUCAAAAACAGAGCACCUGCAGACCUCAGUAGGAGUUUGUGUGUUCGAACUCUAAUAAGUGACUUAUGUUCUCGUUAUUCGUACAAUCAGUUCCUUAUGGUGAAACUUCUUGAUUUGUUUCCCAAAGAGGUAAUAAAUAAUCGAAGUCAAAUUCAGUCGCAGAUUGUUGAGGUUUUAGAAGCUAAUGAAGUCGACAGGCCAGUGACCAUUCGCACAAAUACAUUAAAGACACGUCGCAGGGAAUUAGCUCAAGCUUUAAUAAAUCGCGGUGUAAACCUUGAUCCUUUGGAACCGUGGAGCAAAGUUGGACUUGUUGUUUAUUCAUCACAAGUACCAUUAGGAGCAACACCAGAAUAUCUUGCCGGUCAUUAUAUACUUCAGGGGGCUAGUUCUAUGCUUCCUGUAAUGGCCUUGUCUCCUCAGUUAGGCGAGCGUAUCUUGGAUUUGUGUGCUGCGCCUGGUGGGAAAACAACUUACAUUGCACAACUCAUGAAAAAUACCGGCACCAUUUUUGCAAAUGAAAUAAACCCCAAUAGAGCCAAAGCGCUGCUUGGAAAUUGUCAUCGUAUGGGUGUGACAAAUACUGUCAUCUGCACAGAAAAUGGGCGGAAAUUUCCAAAUAUUAUGUCGAACUUCGACCGAGUCCUCGUAGACGCACCGUGUUCUGGAACUGGUAUCAUUGCCAAAGAUCCUUCUGUGAAAACCACCAAGAGUAAUGACGAAAUUCAAAAGUGUGUGGAAUUGCAGAAAAGGUUACUUGUAGCUGCUAUUGAUUCCUGCAAAGUUGGAGGUUACGUAGUCUAUUCCACAUGCUCCAUAUUGGUAGAGGAGAAUGAGAAUGUUGUAAACUUUGCGUUAAGACGAAGAAAGGUACGUCUAGAGGAAACGAAACUGUUUGGGGAAAAGGGUUUCACUGCAUUCAAAGGCUAUCAGUUCCAUCCACAUAUGACACGCGUUCGACGUUUUUAUCCACACAAGCACAAUGUCGAUGGAUUUUUCGUGGCGAAGAUGAAGAAAUUAGCGGCGGCUACUAAGGAGAAAGAAGUUUCUUAAGACUGGAUAUAUCUAGAUAAAGCACCAGAUUUACCAAGCCUUCACUCAUGUUUGUGAAUUAAAAAGUUAACCUAACUUCAGUCCUUACUUCUUGAGAACUCAGCGCACGACGGUCUUCAGGCGUUUUUUAUAGUGUGAGCAGAUUUCUGGUCGUAACAAUAUGAUUCUAAAAUACUUGAUAUCAGAAACCCAGAUGACUAGCCUUAUGUACUUCUUUCUCAUGUACCCAAUUUGAUAAUGAGUCAUGCCGUGUAGUUUGCACUUCCUUC